AUGGAAAAUGCAAAUGACACCACAAGGAUAAACUUCAUUCUUCUAGGGCUUUUUAACCACACGCAGACCCAUCUCUUCCUCUUUUCCAUGGUGCUCAUGAUCUUCCUCACCUCUCUGGUGGGCAAUGCCCUCAUGAUUGUGCUCAUCUAUGAGGACCCCCGGCUGCACAUGCCCAUGUACUUCCUGCUUAGCCAGCUCUCCCUCAUGGACAUGAUGCUGGUCUCCACCAUUGUCCCCAAAAUGGCAGCCAACUACCUGAUGGACAACAGGUCCAUCUCUCCCACUGGCUGUGGAGUUCAGAUCUUUCUGUUUGUCAGUCUGGGUGGGGGCGAGUGCUUCCUCUUAGCAGCCAUGGCCUAUGACCGCUACGUGGCCGUAUGUCACCCUCUGCGCUACCCCAUCCUCAUGAAUCAGAAGCUCUGCUUGCACAUGACAGCAGGCUCCUGGCUUCUGGGAGGGGUAGAUGGCCUGAUGCAGGCUGGUGCCACUCUGAGCUUCCCUUACUGCCGCUCUCGGGAAAUCAACCACUUCUUUUGUGAGGCACCCUCACUCGUGCGACUUGCCUGUGCAGACCACAAGCUUUUUGAGAUUUUCAUGUAUGUCUGCUGCAUCCUGAUGCUCUUGAUCCCUCUGUCUCUCAUUUUGGCGUCCUACACUCUCAUCCUGGCUGCUGUGCUCCGCAUGCAGUCCACUGUGGCCCGAAAGAAAGCCUUUGCCACCUGCUCAUCUCACCUGGCUGUCGUGGGGCUCUUCUACGGCACCCUCAUGUUUAUCUACAUGCGCCCCAAGUCCUUCCGUUCAGUGGCUCGUGACAAGUUGGUCUCUGCUUUUUACACCAUCUUUACACCUGUGUUGAACCCCCUCAUGUACAGUGUGAGGAAUAAAGAAGUCACGGGGGCUUUGAGAAAGUGGCUGAAGAGAUAUUUUUUGUGA